AUGUCAAUACGAGAUUGCUUAAAUAUUGACAGGAAGGAAUUGAACGAGUAUGCCUUUCGCUACUUUGGUCUCCUCAUGAUUUGUAUCAUGACCUUUGGAAGUUAUUAUAUCUAUGAUAUUCCAUCUGCAUUGACUCAAGCAACAGUUGACGAAUGGUACGGAAUUAAUAAGAUUCAAUUUGCACUGUUGUACUCUGUUUACAACUUCCCAAACACAGUCAUUGUGUUCUUUGGAGGUUUCUUCAUUGACACCAUCUUUGGUCUAAAGCUUGGCUCCCUGCUAUUCUGUACAUUGGUCUUGGCUGGUCAGGUCAUCUUCUCUUUCUCUGCCAGCUACAAGCUCUUCUGGAUGGCCUUGUUAGGUCGUACUAUCUUUGGUCUUGGAGGUGAGUCAUUGUCUGUUGCUCAGUCAACAUUCUGUGCCACUUGGUUCAAUGGUCGCAGUGAUUUGAACUUUGCAUUCUCUGUUACACUUGGAUUCUCUAGGAUUGGCAGUGCUGUCAACUUCCAGGUGACAGAUCACCUUAGUACCCGUUACGGUGUGCCAACUGCUGUCUGGUUCGGUGCAAUCUGCUGUGCUAUUUCCUUUGCCGGAACCAUUGUGCUCUGUUUCGCCGAGAUGGCCAGAGCAAAGAGAGACCCCAAGGUUGUCGUCAAAAACGACCCGGUCUCCAUCAAGGAUGUCACCAAGUUCCCAAGAACUGUCUGGAUUAUCUUUGCCGUCGUAGUCUUCUUCUACGUUCCACUCUUUGUCUAUGUCUCUAUCGCACCUACCUUCCUCCAGACCAGGUUCAAUGUCAGCAAGGGUGUUGCCGAUACUUUGACAAGUAUCCCAUACUACACUGCAGCUCCAUCACCAGUGAUUGGUUUCUUGAUCGAUCGUUUCGGUCGCAACCUGACUUGGAUGACUGGCUCUAUGAUCUUGAUGGUUACUGCUCACACAAUCCUCGGUUUCACAAUGGUCAGCCCAUACGUCGGCAUGAUCAUGAUGGGCUUCAGCUAUGCCAUCAUGGCCGCCUCCCUCUGGCCAACCAUUCCCGUACUGAUCCCAGGCAUUCGUCUGGGCACUGCCUACGGACUUGCCUUUGCCUUCCAGAACGCCGCCGUCGCUCUGUCUGGUCUGGCCGUCAAUGCCAUCCUCCAAAAGACAAACAACUACCACUACACUGAGGGAUUCUUUAUUGCAUUCGCCGCCGUCGGUCUGGCCCUGGUCAUCCUCAUGGUCUUUAUCGACUUAAAGGAGCAGAAGCUGAACAUCCCGGCCGCUGCAAUGAAGGAGCACAUCAGAAUAUUGAACAAGAAGACUGAUUUGUUGGAGGAUAGCUCAAUCAACGAGAGGUCACCACUGGUCGAUCAACAGGACGUCGAUGAGGAUGUGGACUCCAAUUAG